AUGCUGACGACGGCCCCCUUCGCCGUCGUCGCGGGCGCGCCCGCCGCGUUGAUCGGGCAGCGCCUCCUCGCGUUCGUCUUUCGCGGCCGAAGCGGGUUCGAGAACACCGCCUAUGUGGACGUCGGGGUCUGCACCCACGUCAGCCCGGUCAGGGUGGAGGGCGGCUCGACAGGCGGGGGGGGGGGGACGACCCUCUCGGGGCUCCUUUUCCCCGUCAGCGAGCCCGGCGGGGUCCCCGUCAACGCGCCUCCCCCCCCUCUCAAGACCGUCGUCUUUGACGGCGUUAUCCUUCGCUCGAUUAACGCAACGCCGAGCCUGAGCGAUACCGCGCAGCAGCUCCGCACGUUGCAAGCGCAGUCGUGGGCGCAGGCCGAAUGUCAGCGGCAGUUUCGAUUCCUCAAUAUGCCCUUCGAGCUGAAGACGGUUCACGUCUCGUUCGAUGGUAAAAUAUGCGUUGUGUACUAUCAAAUCAACACAAAGGAGGAUACCAGCAGCGAGCCGAACGUCUCUCGGCUAUUGCGUGUGCUACAGUAUCAUCUAUCGUGCAAGGUGCACUUGGCGCGUUGGCCAGUGGAGGAGGGGCAGAACGAACGGUACUAG